GCAGGGAUACAAAAAGCUGAUGUGGAAAUGGUAGACCCCAUCCGCACCGGAUUCGGUCUCCUGCUAUAAACCCUCUUAUCUCUCCAAAGUCCAAACGCUUCUCUCUCUUUCUCUCUCUCUCCUCCCCCAUUUCUUCUUCUUCUUGUUCCGUAAUUUAUUCCGCCAAUUUCCGACCUUUUUUUUUUUGUAAUUUUAUCACUACUCUCUCCUUGAUAGUCGAUUUGUUGAUCCAUAAACAUCCAUUCUAGGGAAAUUUUCAGAUUUUGAUUUCCAAGUUUCGGAGUAACCUAAAUCAACACUGCCGAAUUUCAACUGUCGGAUGCGCUGUUGAUGAUCGUUGGAUACCUCUCGUGAUCAGCGCCGCUAUAUCCCUCUCCCUCUGAAUCCCAAUUUCCGCCAUUCCUCUCUCUCUCUCUCUGCCGGAAAGCAGAAAGAAAGAAAGUCCCACUCUUUGGCUGUAGCUGUUUCUCGGGUGCCGCGUUGAAUUGGCCCUUUUGCUGUCGUGGAUCGUGAAACUCGAAGUCCCCUUGUUAGGGUUUGCGCCGUUUUGCAUUGCUGGUUGAUUCGCGCUGUCGGUUGAGAAAUUUUGGUGCCGAAAGUGUGGAUUUUUUUGGUGCUCUUGAUUUCGGCCAAGAAAGGAGCUGAGAGAUGUCUGGUCCGCUCGAUCGGUUUGCAAGGCCUUGCUUUGAGGGGUCAUCAGGCGGAGAUGAAAGGAGAGAGGAGAGGAGAGAGGAGCGGAGGGAGAGGAAAUCUGAUUUCGAGAACUCCGAGGAUGAGAGGAGAACCAGAAUUGGGUCACUGAAGAAGAAGGCCAUUAAUGCAUCUACCAAGUUUAAGCAUUCCCUCAAGAAAAAGAGCAGCAGCAGGAGGAAGAGUGAUGGCCGGGUUAGCUCUGUUUCCAUUGAAGAUAUUCGAGACCUUGAGGAACUGAGGGCUGUUGAUGCGUUUCGCCAGUCGCUGAUCAUGGACGAGUUACUUCCCGAAAGACAUGACGACUACUACAUGAUGUUGAGGUUCUUGAAAGCAAGGAAAUUUGAUGUUGAAAAAGCAAAGCACAUGUGGGCUGAUAUGCUUCAAUGGAGGAAGGAAUUUGGCACUGAUACUAUCAUGGAGAUUCUAACUUCACUUGUCUGUUUCUCUUUCAUGUAUCAGGAGUUUGAGUUUCAAGAGUUAAAUGAAGUUUUGAAGUAUUAUCCACAUUUCUAUCACGGCGUGGACAAAGAGGGAAGACCUAUUUAUAUGGAAAGAUUGGGAAAAGUAGAUCCUCACAAACUAAUGCAAGUGACAGAUCUUGACCGCUAUGUGAAAUACCAUGUGCGUGAGUUUGAGAAAAGCUUUGCUGUCAAGUUUCCAGCAUGCAGCAUUGCUGCAAAGAGGCACAUAGAUUCAAGCACAACAAUUUUAGAUGUUCAAGGAGUGGGACUAAAGAACUUUACCAAGUCUGCUCGUGAACUAGUCAUGCGUCUUCAGAAGAUUGAUGGUGACAAUUACCCCGAGACUCUGCAUGAAAUGUACAUCAUCAAUGCCGGUGCUGGAUUUCGGCUCCUGUGGAAUACCAUAAAAUCAUUCUUAGAUCCUAGAACCACCUCCAAGAUUCAUGUUCUUGGAAACAAGUUUCAGAGUAAAUUGCUUGAGGUCAUCGAUGCCAGUGAAUUGCCAGAAUUCUUGGGUGGUACUUGUACCUGUGCAGAUCAGGGAGGCUGUCUUCGCUCUGACAAAGGACCUUGGAGAAACCCUGAUCUAUUGAAGGUUUCUGCAGAUUGUUCUUAAUGGGGGAGCAAGGCGCUCCAGGCAAGUUGUGAGAAUUCUAAACAACGAGGGAAAGGUCAUUACCUAUGCGAAGCCUCCUUAUUACCCGUCGGUAAAAGGUAGCGAUUCGUCUGCUGCUGAAUCAGGGUCAGAAGCUGAAGAUAUUGUUUCCCCUAAGGCACUUAAGGCUUACUCAAAUCUGCGCCUGACACCCGUCCGUGAAGAAGCUAAGAUCAUGGGGAAGGCAAAUCACCCUAGUAGCUUUCCUGGGUAUGAUGAGUACAUUCCCAUGGUAGACAAAGCAGUUGACUCUACUUGGAACAAGCAAGCAGCCAUCCAGAAGCUUGCAAUGUCUAAAGCUGCUCCAACUGCUGCAGAGACUCCAAAGACUUCAGGGGCUAUACAUGUUCGGAUCUGGGUAGCGGUUCUGGCUUUCUUCAUGACGGUUCUAACUCUUGUCCGUUCACUGCCUUCCCGCUUUGGCAAGACAAGCUCAGAGAUGCUCUCUGAACACUAUCGAGCUUCAGCUGAACUUGCUAUCAAUGAACCAGAGAAGGAGCUGAACCGUCCACCCUCACCUACUCCUGUUUACACGGAUGCCGACCUGCUUCCUUCUGUGUUGAAAAGGUUGGGUGAACUGGAGGAAAAGGUCGACACACUUCAAGCAAAGCCAUCUGAGAUGCCUUAUGAGAAAGAGGAGUUGCUCAAUGCUGCUGUUUGUCGCGUGGAUGCUUUGGAAGCUGAACUUAUUGCUACUAAGAAGGCUCUGCAUGAAGCGCUUAUGAGGCAAGAAGAACUGCUUGCUUACAUUGAUAGUCAAGAAGAAGCGAAAUAUAGGAAGAAGAAGAAGAUGUUCUGCUUUUAAGAGUUGGGCAAUGGAGAGUGGAAGCAGGAUAUCUGGGCAAGGUCUUUCGGAUGUGAGUUACUACCCAUGAAAUCUAUGCCUCUACUAUUUGAUAGAUAACUGAGUGAAAUGAACGAAUUUCUCGGCUACUAUUGUACGGUAUAAUGAGAUGUAAGCUACUUUUAGCAAUGAACAAGUAUGCUUAAAGCAUUGAGCAGACCGACUCUCUGUAAGAAGUGAAGAAAAAAUUAACUGCUAGACAGACAUGAAAAAGCUUUGUGUUCAGAUUUGCUUCUCCCGUAUCCGUUUUCGUUUUACUAUUGUCUUGAUACUGGUGUGUUUUCUGAUGACUGCUAUGCUAUCAUUUAGCAAGUCCUGGAAGUAGAGGAUUAGGAUACACAAUGUUAUCGAAACAGG